AUGGUCGCGCUCAACAUUGUCGAGGCCACCAACCGGGCCACGGCCACAGACAAGUCGGCUGGCCGGCCGUAUGUUGCCGUGUUCGGCGGCGGCACGGCGGGCAUCGGCAGCUAUGCGGCGCUGGCGCUGGCGCGCGUGCACGGCGAGGUGGGCGAGGCGGCGAGCCGGGGCCUGCGGGUGUACAUCCUGGGGCGGCGGGCGCCGGACGCGCUGCUGGCGGAGCUGCGGGCGGCGUGUCCGUUUGGCACGUACGAGGUGGUGCAGGCCAAGGACCUGGGGCUGCUGCGGGACGUGGACCGCGUGUGCGAGCUGCUGGUGGCGACGGAGACGGGCUACGCCGCCAGAGAAGGCCACGCGCCCAAGAUUGAUUUGUUGGUGGCGUCGCAGGGCAUCAUGAGCUUCAGCGGGCGCCAGGACACGGCCGAGGGCCUCGACUGGCCCACGGCCAUUGCCUACUACGGGCGCGCGCGGCUCGUGGACCGGCUGCUGCCGCUGCUGACGCAGACGGUGGCGCCGCCGGCCGUCGGCCACGUCGCCUUUGUGCUCAACCCGGGCCUCGAGGGCGACAUCGUCGCGGACGACCUGUCCCUGCGCAAGCCCAAGAACUUUACGCUGCGCAACGCCGGCUCCCACCUGUCCGUCUUUGCCACCUUCUAUCUAGAAGCCCUGGCCGCCCGCCACCCCGGCACCCUCGCCCUCGUCCACUACUACCCGGCCCUCGUCAAGACGGGCAUCACCAAGACCAGCAACCUGGGCUUCUUCACGCGCACCUUGGUCCGCGUCGUCACGCCGCUGUUGCGCCUCGACAGCCUGCCCGAGGCCGAGAGCGGCCAGCGCAUCGCCUUUCUGGGCACCACCGCCGUCUACCCGCCGGCCCACGACGCGCCGGGCGUCACCCGCACGCUGCCGGCCGGCACGUCCGUCAGCACGGGCGCCGACGGCACCGUGGGCAGCGGCGCGUACCGCAUCAACUACGACGACGAGGUCUUCAAGCACAACGACAAGCUGGCCAAGUAUCGCGAGGACGGCACGGCCGAAAAGAUUUACGAGCACACGCAGCGGGCGUUUUCGACCAUUGCGGCGGGCAACAAGUUUACCGAGUAG